GCGUACCUAAACCUCUACACUAGUCUCUGGCCCCCCCAGUGGUGGUGGCCCCCUUUGACUGGCAUUAGGACUGCUCAAUGCUCUGGUGGUGACAAAGGCUAAUUUUAGCACGUCCCUCUCUCUCUCCUUUGCCCGUCCAUCACUCUCUCGCUAGGGCCCUAAAUUAACCCCGACUUUACCAGCUCGAUUCGAUUCAAUGUUUAGAUUGACCCAAGCUUUCCUCUCAUCUCGAAAAGAGCCGUUUGGAUCUGACUGUCCGUCACCUUAGUAGAUGAGACCGUGAGCUACGGGACGGAUUGCAUCGGUUUCAUCCACCCCCAUCUUCUCCCGGCUCAUUCAGCCUCUAUCACCUGCUCUUGUCUCGAGAACAGACUGAGAGACGCAUCUGGGACACUCUCUGCCCCCCCUCGUUGAGCUGGCUAGGUGGUGAUGCUGCGUCCACGAUACUCCUCAUACACUUUGUCGCGUCGUCGUUAGGCUUUAACGCUGUCAACUCGUAUCGCGCGUGCUGUCAAUGCGCGGCCCAGCUCUCGCCUCGUCGGUGAUGAUGUCCAAUAUCCCGGAUUACUCAACACCGACUCAUGCGCGAUGAUAUCCCCGCAACCGACGAUGCAGCACCACCAACCGCAGUCGCUCCCGCCGCCGCUGCCACCGCCGCCGUCGGCAGUGCCCAACGGCAUGCAUGGGCAAUCCCCGUCGCCCUCAAUGAGGCAUCAGCACAUGGCCGCCCCACGGUCGUCGACGUCGUCAAUCUCGAGCAGCAGGUUCACCCUCCCGGACAGGAACGUGACGGCGGACACCAUUGAGGAUGCCUACACCCACUUUGUCAUGUCCUGCAACCCGGCCGUCCCGCCCGACACGGACACGGCCGCGCUGCGGGAAGCUUUCCGGGUCCCGCCCAAGAGCGGCGGCAAGAGCUUCAGCACUUUCACCCUUUUCGAGCUCAUCAAGCAGUUGGAGACCAAGGAGAUCAAGACGUGGGCAGAGUUGGCUCUCAAGUUGGGCGUCGAACCCCCUGAUCAGGAUAAGGGUCAGAGUUCUCAAAAGAUUCAGCAGUAUGCCGUCCGGCUCAAGCGCUGGAUGCAUUCUAUGCAUGUGGAUGCCUUCUUUGAGUAUCUGAUGGAUCACCCUCACCCUUACUGGACAGAGAUCCCAAACGACCCAACGCCAGUGUGUGAAGCGGGAAGAGAUGGUGUGCUAGCAGAAGACGACAUGGCUCUCCGAGCACUUUUACCACAGAUUCGGCCCAGGCGGGGGAGGAAAAGGCCAGAGGACGAGGAGUUCGCAAAGUCCCCUUCACAACGAGCGAGAUUGGACUCGCCGCCGACGGGGACGGCCUACACCGCCGCCCGGCCAGAGACUCUGGGUCCGUGGUCCGCUCACCCGGAUGGACGGGCUACGUUCGGCUGCUCCGAUCCUUUGAAGUUGAGCGCCAACACGGGAUCAGUGACGGGCUGGCCUCCGGCCCCUGACACAGCGCAGACGCCGCUCACGGCGUAUCCACAGGGCCCGAUGUCUGCGCUCACGCCGUCAACGCGCAACGGCGGGUUCUGGGGUGAUGCGGAACCAAGGUCGGCUAUUACUCCCUCACGACCAAAGGCAUCUCACCGGCGGCAUGGUGCCAAAGUCGUUUCCUCUGCGUGGAGGAGUGGCGGACCGGGAGGCAGCGGCAAGACUCGGGGGAGGCCACCUAUGAACAAAACGAAUGUCGAUGGGCCGUUUGUGGCUUUUCCCGCCGAAGGACCGGCGUACAAGCGGCCAAGUCCCGAUACCAAGAUCGAGCCGGGCCCGAUUACACCACCGGCGCCAAUAACUCAGACCGUACCAGUACCACCAGUUGCGGUCACAGAAUUACCUCCCCCGCCGCAUAUACCGCGGCCGGCCAAGCCGAGUAUCUCACUACAGGUUCCGGAACGUCAAGGAGGAUCCGUUCGUCUUGCGACGCCGCCGCCGCCUCCUCCAAUCGUGAUCGUCAACGGAGAACCCCCGGGCGAAGUACCCGACAUAACAAACUCGACAGCCACAGCACCACCAUUGGAAUUCCCGCCCGGUCACAACGUGCCCCUACCCCCCGGUGCCAUACCACCAGUAGACCUGAAAGCGCAGACCGUCCUGCCGGUCGACCCGCCGCCCGCCGCGAAAGGCAGCGGCAUACCCCCGCAACCCAACGACAUCCCCAUCGGCAUGUUCGAGAACAUGAAGGACCGGACCAACAUCGACGCCGUCCUGGGCUAUUUCGCGCACGAGACGGCCAACGGCGACUGGGUCGACGCGGACAACAACCCCAUCGAGAACUGCAGCAUCGCCGAGGCCUACGCGCUCGUGCACACCACUGUAGAAAGGAUGUGGCAGACGGCGCCGAACCAGGACGCCUUUUUGAUUAAUCUCGCCGCGCUGGCGGGCGGCAGGGCGCUCAUGACGACGAGCAAGCUGCGGGUGAAGCGGGAGGAAGAAUACGAAGACCGCGCGACGUACAGCUGCAGCUGGGAGUUCCGGCUGGGGACGAUACGGGGCAACUACAACAUGGUGCAGACGGUCAUGUACAACCGGUGGCGGCGGCCCGAGGAGAAGCUGGAGAAGCCCAACAUGAAGGGCACGGGCGGUGCCGAGUCGGAGUGGGAGAGGAAAUAUCGGGACCUGCUGGCGCUGUCGGAGAAGAGGGAUAAGGAGAUCCAGGCUAUGCGGGCUGGGCUUACGGCGAAGCUGAACGAGACGUUUCAGGAUGCCAAGGAUCUUGAGAAUAAGUGAGGGAAAGUACGUGGCUUGUAAUCAUAUUGAAUCCGAGAGGAUUGCCGUCGUGGGAAAUAUUAUCAGGGGAAGGGGAAGCAUACGGCGCACAGAGAACGUCAUGAGGGUGGCGUGGAAUAUUCAGGAUUUAGGGGCGUCCUUCAGAAGAAAAACAAGCAAAGGGGGGACGGUGUUGAUAUCAUGCGGAUGGCGUAAUAAUCGAAAGCGAAAGCAUAGUGCUGGCGCAGGGUCAUGGGAGAGCGUAUAUCAAGGAUGGAACUGGGUGUUUAGGCGGAGGG